AAUACUGUAAAAUUGAUGAGUGAACAAUAAAAAAAAAAUCAGACAUGGAAGUGUUUUAUUUAAGCCCCUCCGCGCCAGCGCGAGGAGACGCAGACCACAAAGACGCGCACGAUCGCCUACUGCACUGUGUCGUGCGUGCCAUCGAGUUGCUUCUCCUCCAUGGAGAAGAGCCGCCGCCACGACAAGCAGCAGCAGGCCGGCGUGGGCAUGGGCGGCCGGCUGAGGCAGCAGCUAGCGCAGAUGCUCCUGCACACGUCGUGCGCCGCCACCACCACCACUACCUCGGCCACCGCCUUCGUCGGCCUCGCCAGCACCACCAACGCCACGACGUUCGCCGCCUCGCGCCAACAACUGCCGCCGCCGCCUCCUGCUCGCGGCCGUCCACGGGGCGCCCAUGCCCACGAGCCGCGGUCGUCCUGCAGGUCCGUCGUUGUCGGCGACGGAAGCAGCAGCAGCUGCCAGCGUCGGCACCGGCACCACCACCGGCGCCGCGACGCGCGGGCGCUCGUCCACAUCUCCAUCGACUGCUCCGCGCGCUCGUCGGUUGCCGCCGCCGCCGCGGUCCUGCAGCCUUCAGCGCCGGUGCCGACGACGCUGCGGAGCAAGGGAAAGGCGGGCGGUGGGAGUGGGAGGAGCAGGCUGCCGCGCUCGCCUUCGUACGGCUACGGAUGGAGCUGGUCGUCGUCGUCGGCCAGCGACACCGACGGCGAGGCCGCGCCGUUCAGUAGCGAGGCGGAGGGGUUGGAGGAGGAAGCGGGCACGGCGAGGUCGUCCACGCUCUUCUCCUCCCGCAGCCUUAGCUUCUCCUCUGACUCCGUCUCCGACCUGUACGGCACCACCAACAACAAUAACGGUGGCGCCGGCGGCACAAGACCGCGGCGCCGCAAGAAAAAACCGCCGCCACCGAGGCGCGCGCGCGCGUCCAGCAGGCAACCCGCCACCGCCGACGCGUUCCGGCCUCCAGCAGGGAAGAAAGGGGAGGAGAGGAAGUCGGGUGAUGGCAGCAGUAGGUGCGGGUGCGGCAGCGCCAUGGCGGCGUCGUCGGCGGCCGCGGGCAGCACGGCGGUGGUGAAGCGGUCGCGCAACCCGUACGCCGACUUCCGGAGCUCCAUGGUGGAGAUGGUGGCCGGGCGGCGCAUCCGCGGAGCCGACGCGCUGAGUGAGCUCCUGGUGUGGUACCUGUCACUCAACUCGCCGCGCCACCACCCGGCCAUCGUCGCCGCCUUCGAGGACGUCUGGGAGGCCGUCCUCGGCAGCGGCGAGCCGUGAGUCCAUGACCGACCCCGACCCAUCCAUCCAUCAUCCGUCCGUCGACGUAGUACGUUAGCUUGUUUGUUGGGUCGUCUUCUUCCCAUCGAUCCGUGUAAGAUAUGUAUAGUAGCUUGCUUGUUCAGUUCGUGAUUAGUUUCCGUUUCCGUUCGCGUCCGCGAACGUGUUGUGUCGAUCUUGUCCAUUUCGUCAAUGCAAAUGCAGCUCGAGCAUCAUGGAUCGAUGUUUGGAAAUCUA